CUUUCAUCACACGCACAUAAACACAAACAAAACAAGUUCUUCUUCUCUAUCAGAUCGCUCAAAAUUUUGGAACCCUAGUUUACUACAUUUGGUUUUGGAGUUUCAUCCAAACCUUAAAACUCUCUCUCUCUCUGCAAAUCGAAUCUUCUUUCUUACGACGUCGAUCAUCUCGUCGACGACUGAGGUAUUAUUAUUAACCCUAAACAUUUGCUAUUAUCUAUGGCCAUGACUGGUAAUCAUUCCUCCGAUAACCCCCAAUCGCGCCGCGCAACGCGGCUCCCUGUCUCUUCUUCGCCGUGGAACCAGAUUGUCCGCGGCGAAUCGGAGACUGUUGCUGCUGCUCCUUCCUCGCCGCCACCGCCUCAGUCGGCGGAACCUUCCCCCUCCUCCUCCGCCGCCGCUGCAGCCCCGGUGGAUGAUUCUAGCUCUGCCGCCGAGAGCUCUGACAAUGGCAACAGUGUUAAGAGGCCUGUUUGGAACAAGCCUUCCAAUGGCGCAGCUUCGGAGGUUACGCCGGUCAUGGACGCGGUCUCUUGGCCCGCGUUGUCCGAGUCCACCAGAGCUGCUAUGAAAUCGGAAUCAUCCAAGGGUUUGUUGGAUGGAUCUUCUGUGCCCCAAUUGCAGGGUAUGGGAAGCACGCCUUCUUCCUCUUCACAGAGGCAAGUCAGUGAUAAUGCAAGCACAAACAAUAUGGUGCCGACUCGCCAGAAAUCGUUCAGACAUAACAGUUCAAAUGCAUCUUCUAAUGGUGGCCACCCACAAAAGUCUGCACCCCAGGUUUCAAUAGCCGCAACAGGGUCCCACAACUCAUCUCCAAAGGACCAUGCACAAAGAAGUGGAUUUGUGUCUAAUGAUCAUCCACAGCAGCGUAAUUCAUUUAGAAAUCGUAAUGGCGGUCCACAUCAGCGUGGAGAUGGUGCUCACCAUCAUAACUAUGGGAACAGGCGCGAUCAGGACUGGAAUACUCAUCGAAAUUUCAAUGGUAGAGACGCACACAUGCCACCAAGAGUUGUUCCAAGAUUUAUAAGGCCACCUCCGCCUCCUAAUUCUGCUCAAUUUAUUCACCCACCACCUGUGCGGCCGUUUGGUAGCCACAUUGGAUUCCAUGAACUGGUACCUCCGAUGGUAUUUGUUGCAGCUCCACCUCCACCCCUGGAUUCACUAAGAGGUGCUCCUUUUGUGCCUCCAAUGCCACAUCAUGCACUGUUCUAUACAGGUCCACCAGACCCUCAGUUGCAUACUAAGAUAGUCAACCAGAUUGACUACUAUUUUAGUAAUGAGAAUUUAAUUAGAGAUACAUUCUUGCGGCGGAACAUGGAUGACCAGGGCUGGGUUCCAAUAAAAUUAAUUGCAGGCUUCAACAAAGUUAUGCAUUUGACUGACAAUAUUCAGCUUAUUAUAGAUGCUGUUCGAACUUCAUCUGUUGUUGAAUUGCAGGGUGACAAAAUAAGGAGACGAAAUGAUUGGGGGAAAUGGGUCAUGCCUCCCGUUCAGUUUUCUAAUGUUACAGGUUCUCAAACCCUUGGAGUGUUGAAUCCUGACAUGCUGGCAGAACAAGUACGCCAUGUUAAACUAGUCACAACUGAUUACGAUGGUGCUGGAGGAUUAGAUGUUCUAUCUGAUGAUUCACAACAUAGAUCUGCAUUUGGGGAUUUGAAUAAUUCAUUGCAGCUCUCCACUAGCGAGGGUACUGGUCAAGUUGGUAUUCAAGGCUCAGAUCACUUUAUUUCAGCAAGAAAUUAGGGCUGUAGAUGUGCGCUUUAGCACUCUUUUUUUGGACAGCUCUUUAAGAGGGUCACGGGAAGCUGGUAUCUGGAGAUGGUCUCAGAUUUUGCAUAUGGCAAAAUGGGAAUGAUUUCUCACAAGGCAUAUUUACGAUAAAAUGAUUGAAAAAUGGGAAGAAAAUACAUAUUAUAAAACAUAAAAAAGGACCAAACAGUAAAAUCUCCCCUCCUCUCCCCCACCACCAAAAAAAAAGAAAAAGAAAAAAAAAACUUUUUUUUUUUGUUAUUGUGGAGCUAGUUGCAUGACUCGAGUUUACUUGUUUUUAUGGGAUAUGAUGUUCUUACUCUUACUCUGGGGGAUGGUUUGCUUCAACAUGGGGGAAUUUUGUCUUUGUUUCCCUACUGCCCCUCGGCUGCUUUUUGAAAUCUGGGGUCAGUUUCCCACCAGUUUGGGAGCGUUAUAUUAGUUCAUGGGUGUUGAAUGUGUUUGAUAGCUACCUGCUGCCUAUUGGGGAAGGGGAAAUGUGGCCUUCUGCUGUUGGAGCUUUUCCAACGUCUGCUUUAAAAGAAUGAUUGCUUGAUGUCACUUGCACUAUCCCGUCACGUCAUGUCUGGAAUCACAUUGAUAAUUACACAAUUUUCCAAUUUCCAUCCGCUUAAACUAUCAAAAAUUCUGAAGCAAUAAAGUUGCCCCUUGUGGGGCUAUCAGGACUUCAAUUAUUCUCGUCUCUUUAGACUUAAGUUGCGUGGAACCUGAGCUUAUGUUUUGAUUAUUUCGUGAAAGCCGCCUUCUUAU